AUGCCACUUCGUCUCGACAUUAAGCGCCAGCUUUCGUCACGAUCAGAGCGCGUCAAGAGCGUCGAUUUGCAUCCAACAGAGCCAUGGGUUCUUUCUGCACUUUAUUCUGGUAGCCUCAUGAUCUGGAACUAUGCAACGCAGUCACUGGUCAAAACAUUGGAAGUAUCGUCUUUGCCUGUGCGUAAUGCCAAGUUUGUCGCUCGUAAGCAGUGGCUUGUAGCGAGUUCAGAUGAUAUGCAAGUGCGUGUAUUCAACUAUAACACGAUGGAGAAAGUUACGAGCUUUGAGGCUCAUAGCGACUAUAUUCGCCAUAUUGAAGUACACCCAACGUUACCGUGUUUUCUCACUUGCGCAGACGAUAUGACCAUUAAACUAUGGGAUUGGGACAAGAAUUUUACAUGUUCACAAGUAUUUGAAGGUCACGGACACUAUGUUAUGAUGGUGAAGUUUAAUCCAAAGGACGCGCAUUCGUUUGCAAGCGCAUGUCUCGAUAGAACUGUCAGAGUCUGGGGCCUUGGCUCCAGUCAUGCCCAUUUCUCCCUUGAAGGACACGAACGUGGCGUCAACUGCGUCGCUUAUUACCCAGGUGGAGACAAACCUUACCUGCUGUCCGGCAGUGACGAUCGUACGGUCAAGGUGUGGGACUACCAGACGAAGGCUAUCGUCCACACAUUGGACGGGCAUGGCAAUAACUUGACAUCGGUGUUGUACCAUCCAAGGCUACCACUGAUCAUUUCGGCCUGUGAAGAUGGUGCCGUGAGGAUGUGGCACUCGACUACAUAUCGCUCGGAGACGACGCUCAACUACGGCAUGGAACGUAGUUGGUCGCUUGCGGCGCUACCUUCAGCCAACACACUGGCGAUCGGCUACGACGAGGGCACUAUUGUGUUGAGGCUAGGGCACGAUACCCCUGUCGUGAGUAUGGACGUUGGUGGCAGCGGAAAGCUCAUAUGGACGACUAAUAAUGACGUUUACACCGCCAGUGUCAAGGGGGUGGUGACGGAGAUGGGUCUCCAGGACGGCGAAAAACUGCCGCUUGUUUCAAGAGAUCUAGGAAGCUGCGAAGUAUACCCUCAAAAGGUACAGCACAACAGCAACGGCCGCUACGUAGUGGUUUGCGGUGACGGCGAGUACAUCAUCUAUACGGCACAGCAGUUGCGUAACAAGGCCUUUGGUACUGCGCUAGAUUUCAGCUGGUCACCAACAGGCACCGGCGACUACGUUAUACGUGAGAAUAUUUCAAAGCUCACACUGUUUCGUAACUUUAAGGAAGUUAAGAGCGAGAAGCCUCGCGUGCUGUGUGCCGAAGGUCUGUUCGGAGGCACUGGUGCCAUCGGCGUCAAGGGUAAUGACGCGAUUGCCAUGUUUGACUGGGAGGAGCUGCGGCUGAUCCGUAAGAUCGACGUGGUGGUGAAGAAUGUGUUUUGGUCUGAAAAUGGCAGCCUCGUCGUGCUUGCUUGCGAGUCGAGUUUUUUCGUGCUGCGGUACAACAAGGAGGUGGUGGCACAGUCUUUUGCUGCUGGCACAAACUCACCUGAUGAAGGUAUUGAUGGCGCCUUUGAUCUGCUCCACGAAAUCUCUGAGAAGGUUGGUACGGGCACCUGGGUUGGAGAUUGCUUUUUGUACACUAACGCUGGCGGCAGACUCAACUACUACGUGGGCGGUGAGGUAAUGACGCUUGCCCACUUAGAGCAAAAGAUGUAUCUGCUCGGGUACUUACCUCGUGAAAACCUGGUAUUUUUGAUGGACAAAAUGAAAAAUGUGGUGAGUUACACGGUUUCGCUAGUAAUGCUAGAGUACCAAACUGCUGUGGUGCGUCGUGACUUUGAGAGUGCAAACGACAUUUUGCCCAAGAUUCCGGCAGACCAAAUGGACUACGUGGCCCGUUUUCUGGAGUCACAGGGGUUUAAAGAAGAGGCUUUGGCUUUAAGCACUGACCCAGACCAAAAAUUUGAUCUUGCUGUGCAGCUUGCAAAGCUGGACGUGGCGCGUGAUAUCAUGUUGCUGGAAAUUGACAAGGGUGACAAAAGUAAGGACAUGGACAUUGAGACUCAGCAUAAAUGGAAGCAGUUGGGUGAUCUUGCACUUAAUGACUGCCAGCUAGCUCUUGCUGAGGAUUGUGCACUCCGUGCCGACGAUUUUAGUUUAUUGUUGAUUUUGUACACAAGUCGUGGAGACAAGGAUGGUCUUGUCCGUCUUGCAAAGCUUGCUCGCGAAAGAUGCCGCUACAACAUCGCAUUUAUUUGCUGGUUCUUACUGGGUCGAACUACUGAAUGCGUUGAGGUGCUGAAAGAAACUAAGCGUUUCCCGGAAGCCGCGUUUUUUGCGCGCAGCUACUGCCCGUCCAAGAUACAGCUGGUCAUGGACAAGUGGCGUGAAGAUUUGGGCGCAGUUAGCUCCCGUGCUGCUAAGGCACUAGCCGACCCCACGCGAAAUGCCGACUUGUUUGAGAAUCUGGAGCAUUCAAUGCAGGCGGAAGCUAUGCUUCUUGCGCAGAACGGCGGUGAAGAGGUCAAAGCUCUUGUGUACUCUUACGCUGCGAAGAAAGAAUUACUGGAGAGCGAAAAUCUUCUUGAGUUGAUUUUAAGUGGCGGCGCUGUGGCUGCUUUUGCGGUUGGUGCGAGCGGCACGGUUCAUGACAGUGUGUCUCUCAGUGCAGAAGCCGAAGCUCAGGCACGAGCACAAGUUGAAGCCCAAGCUGCUGAAGCUGAAGCGCGAGCUCUAGCACAAGCUCAAGUUUUCGCAAAAGUAGAAGCACAGACAGUCACAAAAGCUGAUAUACAGGCUCAGGCACAAGCUGAGGCGAAGAAAGAUGCCCGACCGCGAGCCGAGACGGAAUCACAUGCUCGAGCCAUGGCGGAGGACGUAGCACGCGUGCGUGCUGAGCAGGAAGCUACUGCUGCGGCGUUUGCUGGAGCUCAGGCGGAGGAAGCCGCCCGGCAGCGUGCCGAGGCGGAAGCACAUGCUCGAGCUAUGGCGGAGGACGUAGCACGCGUGCGUGCUGAGCAGGAAGCUACUGCUGCGGCGUAUGCUCAAGCUCAGGCAAAGGCUCAGCUACUACGUCAACAGCAGGCCACUGAGAUGACAAAUAAUUUUGAUGGUGGCAAUGACGGAUUUAGAUUUGCCUGUUCAAGCAGUCAAGAUACUUUCCCGUCCUCCCAAGACAUUGAGUAUGGCAUGACAACUACAACAACUACAACAACGACCACUGGUACUACUGGAGAUCUAUUGGACUUGGAGCUGGACAACGCCGAUAUCGAGUUUGAGGACGAUGAUGACGCUGAUUGGGGAGAGAUGUAG